GCUCGUAGGUCAAGAUGCUUGUCGUCGCCAGCAUUGGCUCUUGUAUAUAAAUUUUGACAAAAGAAAGACUUCGGUUUAAACCAAUUUUGGCAAGGCGGCGGCCAUAAGGUGAUCACCACUCGACGCGAAGACAUGGCUUGGAUUGACUUCCACACGCAGGUGCAACAUCUGCUCCGACUGGCGGUGCUGCUGAUCUGUGUGAUCCCCCUCCCAUUGGCGACGGGAUUCGGCAACGAGUACGUCCACAUCAAGGUGCAUGUGCCCAAGGAGGAGUCGGCGGCGGAGGAGUCGCCGCACAAGGUGAUCCACCACUAUCACCACCAUCCGCAUCCGCACCAGCUGCUGCGGAAUCACGGACGAGCCCGUCCCAAGCCGAGUCCUUUGCUGGAGAGCGUAAUCCUCUCGGAUCUGGACAAGCCGCUGCACAUGAGCGAGCACGCGGACUACCUGAAUCAUGCCAAGGAGCUGGCCGACCAUCUCACGGAGACCUACGCCAAGAAGUCACCUCCGCCGCCCAAGAAGAAGGUCAACACAUAUACCAUCAUCGAGGAGCAGCACAGGCCACAUGGCUACGACUACGAGGAUCGUCCGGAGCACAAUGUGGAGACGUACCGUGUAAUUGAGUCGCGACCCAAGCAGCACCACCACCACAGCCACCACCAUCCGUCGGAGGAGGAGGACGAGGAUGUGGGGUAUCACUAUCAGGCUGCGGAGAACCACCAUCAUCACUCGCUGGGCAUCGGUGCCUACGCGGAGCCCGCUCCCGUGGAGGAGCACUUGGAGCAGGAGCCGGACUUGGGCUACAUCUACUCACCGCCACCCAGCCACGCCUACAUCCCGCCCAGCCACAGCAAGGUGCACCGCAACUCCAAGGCAAACAGGGCACCAGCGUACACCCUCGAGGCGCCGCAGGAAUCCUCCUACGGAUACGAUUACUCAAGGCCAUCGGCCGGAGGCAGCAGCAGCGACUUCAGGCCAUCCGUUCAGGUGCCGGCCAGCGACCCUUACGGCGAGGAGGAGCCGUUGGACACCUAUGGACCACCACCACCACCACAGCCAUCGGCAACCAGGCGUCGCCGGCCAUCCGCAUCCCUCGUGGAUUGGCCAGAGACCAAGGGAUUUAACAGUGCCGCCGCGGAGACAUACAGCGGCGUCGAUAGCUACAACGUGGGUCAUGUCCAGGGCUAUGGUUCCAGUGGCUACCAGUACAGUGGGCCCUAUCUGUAGGUGGACCGACGCCUCGCCUAAUCUAAGAUCUAUUUAUUGCAUUUUUUUUUUCGUAGUUUCGUAAGUUAAUAAAGUCAGUUGUAAGACCAGAAAUUGAUAAUUAUAUAAAUGUGCAUAAACAACUAGAGAAAUGGGUUUUAAUC